GUUGUAAAAAUGUUAUGUUAGAUAGGAGAAAAAAAAAACAGAAUGGUGAAAGUUUGAAAGAAAUCGUACAAGCAAUAAUAACGUUAUGGCUGCUUUAAAAUUGAGAUGCCUAAGACUAUGUAGAUUUCAAAUUGGCAACUGGGUGAGUAAAUUAUGACAAGGGGCAAAGACAACUUUCUCUUUAAUAGGCCAUGUUCUUAAUCAUCAGGAAUUUGUGGUUUUCAUGUAAGUACCCAUUCCCCUGGGGCAGUAAUCUGAAUAUAACUUAGGUACACGUAGUAUAUUGUUUUAUGUCCUCAUGAAAAAAAACUAAUUUGAAGUACCGGUAAAAUGUUUUGGGGAAAAACACAUUUUACUAAAAAUUUUAGCUAUUUUAUGUAUUGGAGUACAUGGAAGAGUGGUCCUUGCCUUACAUCACUAUGACAUCACAUAUGUGGCCAAUUUGAAGUCUCCAUGGGUAUAUUGAUUACCAAUUUUUACAACUUAUAAAAAAUUCAUAACUCUCUUAUUGUUCGUCUGAUAUUGUUCAAACAUUCACCUAUCAACUAAUCUGAUUUUUCUUUUUCCUCUAAUUUUUAUUUUUUUAUUUUUGUUGGAUUCCCCUUUAAAAGUAAAUAAUACAGGAUAGAGCUCGAGUGCAAGACAAGUACAUGUAGUCCCAAUGCCCGGCGUGCAUCAUGCUAUUUCCAUACACAUAUAGCCCACUAAUACUAUACUGGAAAUACUAACUGCAUAAAUUAUACUUGUGGCAUUUCUAUUAUUGAAUAACUUGCUACAUGUUGUGAAAUUUGAAUUAAACCACAUGUUUGUGACUAAUUCCAUUUCUUUACAUUUUCAGUUGUUUCAUAGCGCAAUAAUUAUCUCUCUUUUUUGCUUCUCGCUCUCUCAUAUUCUUGAAAAACAUGCUUAAGAUUUUCUCUUUUAAUGUAAAUUAACUUAUUUUUUUCUUGAAUUUUCUUUUGAUUAAAUUUCCAGAGUAUUUUCUCUCAAGUAUUUGAGUUGGAACUAGCAGAUCUGGAAAACAAAGGACCUCACAAUGGAAAUGGGAAUGGAUGCAGGUUUCCGAUCCAUAUUGGUAUUACAGGGUACGUUGCUACGACAGGGGAGACCCUCAACAUUUCAGAUGCAUAUAAGGAUCCCCGGUUUGACCCUAAGGUUGACUCCGAGACGGGUUUCCGCACCCAUGAAAUGCUCUGUAUGCCCAUCAAGAACGCCAACGGGGCCAUCCAAGGGGUCAGUCUACUGGUCAAUAAGAUAGACGGGUCAGCCUUCAACAAGAAUGAUGAGGACAUGUUUGAGGCAUUUGCAAUAUUCUGUGGAAUGGGUAUACACAAUACCAAGAUGUAUGAGAAGGUGUGUCGAGCGGUUGCUAAGCAACGGGUAGCACUAGAGACGUUAUCAUACCACGCCACAGCCCCUUCCGAAGAAGCACAGAGAAUAAAGAAACUUCCAGUGCCAACUUCUAACGAACUAGGUCUUCUAAAAUUCUCCUUCAGCGAGCUUCGUAUGACCGAAGACGAGACGUUGCUAGCAGCCAUGAGGAUGUUCCUUGAUCUAGAUCUACUAAACAAAUUCAGGAUAAAUUAUGAGACAAUGUGCAGAUGGCUACUGAGUGUGCGUAAGAAUUACCGCAAUGUGACGUACCACAAUUGGAGGCAUGCUUUCACGGUAGCACAGACAAUGUUUGCCAUCAUCAAGAGUGGUGGCAUGAAGAACGUCUUGACGGACAUAGAGGUCAUGUGCCUGAUGGUAGCUUGUUUGUCACAUGACCUCGACCACAGGGGCACCAACAAUAACUUCCAGGUCAUGAUUGAAUCUCCUCUUGCGCAGCUGUACUCGACUUCCACCAUGGAACACCAUCAUUUUGAUCAGUGUAUCAUGAUCUUAAACAGCAAGGGCAAUGAGAUCUUCAUGAACCUCAAUCCAGAAGAGUAUACCAAUGCCAUCAGACUACUAGAGCACGCCAUCUUAGCUACGGACCUAGCUGUUUACUUCAAAUCUCGAGGUGAGUUCUUCCAUAUUGUCGAGGAGCAGAAGUGCGAAUGGAACGAGGAUGACCAACGGGAGCUACUGAGAGGGAUGCUGAUGACCGCCUGCGACAUCUCGGCCAUCUCCAAGCCGUGGGAUGUCCAGAAGGAGAUCGCCAAGCUGGUCUUUGGCGAGUUCUUCGAGCAGGGAGACCUAGAGCGACAGCAGCUCAAUAAAGUUCCCGAUGACAUGAUGAAUCGGGAGAAGAGGGAUCUUUUACCCAAAAUGCAAGUGGGUUUUGUUGAUGCAAUAUGUCUACCAUGCUAUGAGUCCUUGACGAAAGUCAACGACAAGAUGAAACCACUCCUUGACAUGUGUCAGUCAAACCGCAACAACUGGCAACACUUGGCUACCAUAAGCACUCAACAGAUGGAGGAGAAGGAGAGCAUCAAGGGCUCAGCGGAGGAGAAGGACAUCGACGAAUCGGAAACCUCGCUGUCAACGGGGAAGUCGCAGGGUGCCCCGCCCAGAAAGAAGUGACGCCAGAUGUCAGAGAAAGAGAGAGAAGACGACGAUGACGAGGUCGGAGGAGCAUGGAGCGGAGGAGGUUAUAGGGGAUUUGGACCAAUGCUAUGGGAGCAAAUCGAUCUUGGUGAGGUGAUGGGCUGCGAAGAAGGAUAAAGGAAUAAAAAUCCUUACAAUAAUUGUUUCAUGAUUUAUUAUCUGUUCCACUUGACCUUCAUCCCCCUUUACUCAAUACUGAUUUGUACCGUCAUGUGUUAUGAGGACAAAGUCAUUCAUUAUGAAAAAUAAUCUUUUCUUUCUAAAGAUACCCUUGUAGAUUUUGGAGUCCAUGUGGCCCCCUGCUGAAGGUCAUACUGUCUUCACACUAAUCUCUCUUUCUCUGGGCAUUUUUCUGUUUUUCUUCUGCUCCAUUCACUCCAUUUCUUGAUUUAAAAUACACUGGUUAUACAGUGAAGGUGUAGUGUCAACACUGACAAAGCACUUGAAGUUUGUUUUAUUGAUAAUUGAUUGACCGGUCAAGUAAAAUACUGUGUUUGAAUUGCAUUAGGUAGUAUCAUCUUGAGUGAAGGUGUCAGCAUUAACACUCAGGUAUAACAAGCUAACUCUGAUGGGUAAUUGUUGCCAUAGGGCUACAAGUUUGAGGAAAGAAUUGAAUGCCAUACAGUUUUACAGGGUGUAAAAGCAUAGAAUCAGUGCUUAUUUAUUUCAUUUCAUUUAUGCUGACACUAACACCAAAUGUUGGAUCUGUUUACAUGCUGUGGUCAGCACAGGAGACAGCAUGAGGUACAUGUAUUUAACACCUUUCACAAGGUGGUGCUCAGUUGAAGUACACUGCAGUGGGUUAUAAGUACCAGCACUACACAUUUUGUCUGACACUAGCCUUUUGGUGCUAGUGUAGACUGUCUGUGAAUGGCCAUGCAUAUUGCUUGGAUAUGUGAUCAAAUGAUUGUUUUAUUUACACCAGAUAUAACACCAUAUUGGUGAAGGCGCUAACUGAUUCACAUUGUUGAUUGUAUUGAAAGGUGCUUACACAACAGCUCCUGAUCGUGAACCUUUUUCAAAGUGUUUGAUGUUAUUAUGACUGUGGCAGUGUUUGAAGUAUAAAACAGGACCAAAGUGCUUGUGCUGAAUUUGAUUUAAUCCUGUCGGAAACCUUCAAAAGCUGUUGCCUGAUAGCAAAAAUACUGAAGACUGUGUCAUAUCACAAGCCAUCAUUUGUUUUUGUUUUUUUGUAAUACCCCCCUCUAGGAUUUGUUGCAUGAAAUAAUGGAUAAUGAUAAAGGAAUUCUUUGAAAAGGAAGAGGAAGCUGAUGAAGAAUGUUUAUUCCAAAGAGCAGAUUCCCCAGAGAAAGAUUUAUUUCUGUUCGACUUCAAAGUCCUCAGCAAGGAUUGGAACCCUUCUUCAGUGGAAGAAAAUCACAAGUCAUAAAGUGCUCAUAUUUGCUCCUUUACUUUCAUGAGGAAAUCUUUGUCAAGGUCAAAGGUCAUGUUUCGAUUGUCUCCUCUCUCUUCUCUCUGUGUCGGUGUCUAUCGAACGGGAAUUAGUCUUAGACCAAAGCUGACUUGCUCAUAGAACAAAUAGAUAUGAUAUUUAUUUUAGAAUUUACAUGUAGCUGUGAAAGGAGGAAAUUGCAUCUCUGAUGCAGUGAUGUGAUUUAAUUUUAUGAACCACCUUGUGCAUGGUGCAUAUUAUCCUAAUAUGUUACAAUAUUAGAUAAAAUAACUCUGCAGAAAGUUGUGUGGCUUUUCUAUAACUCUGCCAGUGAUGUUGAUUCAAGAAUACACAGGAAUCUUCUUAUCAUACCAGUAUGUAUUCGUUGUGCAGUAUUCUUAUUACAGGUUCCUACCUUACACAUUUUUCAUUGUGUUUGGUGUUAGGUAAAUACUCUUCACAUAAACAAUGGAUUUAUAUCUGUUAGAUUUUUUUAUCAUUAACUGGCUGAAACAAAUCUGAAAUGUGUAUAAAGGCACUUUAUGUCAGUUUCAAGUUUUCUCCCUUUGUUUGCCUAUUUAUUAUUCAUAAUGUAAUAUGUUUUAGUUAAAAAAAUGACUGCCUGUAUAUUAAAGUAAUAAUAAAGAUAAUGCACAAAAAGAAAUUUAUUCAAAUUCUAAACCUCAUGCACAAAUUCAUACGCAUGGCAUUGUAACAUUAUAUGGGUUUAAUGACGGUCAUUUUCUUUUAUGAAUUUGAAGACGCGGUGGUGAUUUUCUUUUACCUGAUUGUGAGGAAAGCGUGAAUGCUUGUUAGCAAGCAACCAGAGGACCUACGGCUUAAGGGCUUCUUCAAGGGACCUGGUACUAGCGCAAGUGGGAAUGGAACCUCAGUCCCCUGAUUCCGAAACCCCUGCUCUGCCGACUGAGCUACCACACCUCCAAAGUGAUUCGAUAAAAGCACUCUGAUUUAUAGUAGAUGUCUGACAGUACUGAUUUAAAAAUUUUCACCCCUUUUUUUUUUUAAUGAUGGAUUUUGCUUUGAAUUAUGAUUUCAGGUGAUAUCUAUUAAAAUAGACACUUCAACAGUCAGCUCUUCGUGGGACAAGGUAAAAGAUAAACUCCAAUAAGAUGCCAGAUAGUAAGGUGCUGUCUUAUACCAAUCUGACGAAAGUUAUUUAGUGAUUGGACAUAAAAUUUAUGAAAUCAGUUUAUACCUGUACUAUACUUUUCAUCUUUGUUAUAAUCAAAUAACCAUGAAUCAGUACAAUCGCUGCAGUUAUGCAACAGUACUGCUCAGUUGAGGAUUUGCAUGUCAAGAUAUAGCCAAAACCUAAACACUAUUGAAGUAGUACUAAAAAAAACUAUUGAAUAUAUGCACGCACACACACAAAAACAUAUAUAUAUAUUCUCAGUGUGAUAUUUAUGUAACUGGAGAUAUAUUAGUUGCCUGAAUAAAAAUGGAUAUAGUGAGAAAAAAAAUGGAAGGUUUGGUGGUAAUUCAAAAUAAUAAAUGUGCAGUGAGGUAUAAAAAUGAAUGAUUGUUAUGUGACUUCAUUGACUAUAUCUUUGAAAUCAGCAUCACAAUUUGCAAGUUUAGAGGAAAUUUGACAAUUUUAGACAAAUCUACAUCCAAGGAUAUACAACCAGUUUAUUUUAAUAAUAGUACUACUAAUAAUAAUACUGUGUAACUUGUAUAUAGAGUCCACUGAAGGGAAAUAACAAAAAAAAAAUCCUUAUGAGCAGAUGGUGUUCAUAGAGCGGUUCAUUUAAUACACGUUUCAAUGGGGAAAUCCUAUUCAAGGUACACUCUAAUGAAAACAAAAAACUGUUGAAGCUAUACAAUUAAAUGAUGAAUCCUCUGUAUAGAAAAUUAUCGAAAUUAUUAUGGGGCAUUGUGGCCCAGUGGAGUAGUCCCUUGACUUUGAAACAGAGGGUCGUGGGUUCAAAUUCGAGCCCAUGACGUUGUUUCCUUCAGCAAGAAAUGGAUCAAUAUUGUGCUGCCCUCAACCCAGGUAAAUGGGUACCUGGCAGGAAUGCAUUCCUUCAAACGUAUAGGUGCUAUCAAAGAAAUAAAUGUGAUCUGCCACCCCCAAACCAUCAAUAAGUCGACCAAAAUGAACAUUGAGAUUUUUAUUGAGCUUGAAAUUUCAUUUCCUAAGCUUUAAAAUAAUAUAUAAUAUGUUAAAAUUGACCAACAAUAGCCAUUACAAGUACUUGAUUAAAUGCAGAGGAAAUUCAACAAGAGCUUAAAGAAUAAGGAGAAAACAAGGUUUGAAGUUUGGGGUUCACUCAAGCAUGAGAUGUGCAUACUGUGUAAUCUCAGUGAAACUUCCAAGCAGUCCGAAAAAGUAGUGUCCAAGAAACUCUUGUAUCUUUUCUUUUAUUCAACUGACUAAAUUACUCUUUUGGCUAUUUACAGAGAACCUUACCUGGCAACUUAAUGGUGGUUUUGGGGUGGUAGGUCACAAAUCAUACUGGGUGAUUGUUCAACUUACCUGGGUCGAGUGGAGCCAAUUUGUAUGCAUUUCUUGCCGAAGAAAAUGUAACAUCUGAUUUAGGAUUUAAACCCACAACUCUUUGAUUAAAAGGCAAGAGUGUACCACUACACCGUGAUACCACCAGGUCUGUGUGGCACAAAGAUAUUCAUAUAUUCAGACACCUUAUGCAUGUGAUGUCAAAAUUACAUAGCGCCCUCCCUCAGAGGAUAUAGGAAUAUGUGUAAAUGGAGUUGUCAGAGAUGUGCCAGCUGCAUAUCACAACCCAUGCAAUUCUGUGGCGUCAAUCUCUGACAUCAAUACAUAGACAGUCUCUUUUGACCUUUACCCUCAACUGGAAUUUAUCAAUAAAUGUGGAAUUCUGCCCAUGUAUUACUUAGUUUUCCAUGAAGAAGAUGAUAUUGGUGGACUUAUAAAGCAUAUAC